AUGAAGAUAAAUACAAUAUCUUCUAGAUUAAUCAAAGUUGCUUACGCAAUUAAUCAUGUAUUAUGCUAUCCCGUGAUGGAAGAUUCAAUUUCUGUUUCUAAUAGUCAGAAGCCGCUCAAUAUAAAUGUGAUACCUAAUGUUGAGCAUGGAGCUAGAGUAGCUAGAACAUUGGUGUCUAGAGAAUCUCUUGUCAAUGUAAAUACUUUGAAAACAGUUAAACAUGGAGAUGAACAUAUGAAAAUCCCUGAUUCAUCGAUGGAAUAUUAUGCAGAUUGUGAUGGUAACGGAGAUCCUUAUUGGCUUGUGGUAGAUAUUGGAUCAACUUUCCAAAAUAUUGAAGAGGGGUCAGAUUACACGUUUACGAUUAGAGUAGGCGAUCAUCCUUCAAAUGAAGAAGUAGAUACAUCUUAUCCUGGUAGUAUCAAACAUUCUCCUGCUGGAUCGCCUAGAAUUAAUUUGAUGGGAAAGUUGGAAAAUGUAACUUUUGAAAAUCCAAUUGAUCAACUUAAACUUGAAGCUUGUUUCUUGAAGAGACACCCAGAUGCAAAAGCUUGGCUACCACGGAACAAAAUUACUCCUCAUAAGUCACACUGGGCUAAGCUUGUUGUUGAUGAGGUUUAUAUGAUUGGUGGAUUUGGUAAUUUGGCGUAUAUUGGCACAAUUGAGGGCGCUAUUUACCAUGAAGCGAAACUAAUCAAGUCGAAUACGGUGAAUACCGCUCAUAUUAAUUUGCUCUAG